AUGAAGGCUGCGGUGCUCCUCUUCUUCUGCGCUUUGACUUUGGCCGUCUCGCUUGGCGCUGCGGCGCCGUUGCUGCCGCUCCCCGGAGCUGCGCCGACUCACUUCGACCUGCGCCAGGCCCACCCCCAGUGCAUCCCGCCCGUUCGCGAAGCCGGCUCCUGUGAUGACGCCGGUCUGAUUGAGGGUCUCUACGACAUGAGCGUCGCGAGCUGCAUUGCUACGGGCAAGCCCUUGGACUUGUCGAGCGCCUACGUCGACGCGUGCUGCACGUCGUGCGGCAGCUGCGGCGGCGCGAGCAUGUCCAACAUCUUCGGCUGGCUCAAGAACAACGGCUCCGUCAACGCCACCUGCCUGCCGAGGGGUCCGAUCAAGAGCUGCCCGGCCAAGUGUGUUGACGGCAGCCCGGUCAAGCCCAUCCGUGCCCAGUUCCUAUCUGUGAAGGAGGUCGCCGCCAUCCAGCACACCAUCUCCACCGUGGGUCCCGUGCUGGCCUACAUCAACGCCAUCCCGCUCGAGACCUACAUGGGCGGCAUUCUGAAGUGCUCCGGUGUCAAGCCCUCGCUCGACCACGUGGUGUCGAUCAUCGGCUGGGGCAUCGAGAGCAGCGUCCCCUACUGGAUCUGCACCAACAGCUGGGGUCCGGAUUGGGGCGAGGAAGGCUACUUCCGUAUCGAGAGGGGCGUCGACGCGUGCGGCAUCGAGAUCAUCAACUUCGCGGUUCAGCUGCUCUAA